AUGAAUGUUAUGGCCACUACUACUCUUCUAGAAUAUCUCACUCUCCCCAAUCCGGUCCUAGAUUGUUUACAUUCAUCUACGGGAUCGAACACGACUAAUCCCAGCUGGGAUAAAUUGUCGGGGCUUGAAGACUGGGCCGAAUUUAACUACAACACGUUGAUGCACUCGUACGGAGACAUCUUACACCGAAACUUUCCAUCCAUGGCAGAAACCAGUCCAUCUUUGACCGAACUAGACAGGAUGAUCUUUACUGAGAGAACAUUCGAGAGCGUGUUGGAGCGGACCAUUAUGCCUCAAGUUUCUUCGGCUUUGCGUCUUGCAUGGCCAAUUCACUACUCGAACGAUGAUCUGAAGGACGUCGUCGAGAUCGGAAAGGGAGACAAGGCUCGGAAAGGGAUCUAUGAAGACGAUCGAUACUACCCCGACUGGGCUGGUAUUCGAAAAGGAGUUGUAACGCGGUUUGGAUACAGAAAUCUCUGUCCUGGGGAGACCAAACUCGAAUCAAAGUUGAAUAGCUCGAGAAAGGAUUUCGACUAUGCGGAACCAUUUAAACAGAUUCAAACCUAUUGUGGACGUCAGUGGAAUACCCGAUAUGGGUACAUCAUUCACAACAAAAGAACUUGUUGUUGUCAAAGUCUCGAGAGAAACGAUAGGGCCUGGUCUCGCUGCUACGAGAAGCGUUCGAAUGGUAACGCAGCAGGCGAGAAAUGA